GAACAGCAAUUGCUUGAGUAUGAUUUGGAGAAUGAAUUGGAGAAUGAAUUGGAGAAUGAAUUGGACGAUGAGAUAAUGAAUGCAACAUUGGAUGAUAUGAACGAUGAAAUGUUGGAUAAUAUUAUGAAUGAAAGCAUUUUGACCGAAGUAUUAGAAGAUGAAUUAGUUGAUAGAAGUUUACUUGAGGAUGAAACGGCUGGUAGAAGUUUACCUGAAAAUGAAGCAGUUGGCACAAAUCUACUGUUUUGA